AUGGGUUUAAGUUCAGAAAGUCAUAAGUUAUUGGCUUUCAUCUUAAAAGAGCAAAAAGUUAAAUCUAUUUCUUAUCAAGUUGUUAAUAAUCUAAAUGAUAAUAAACCAGUUGAUAAGGUUGUUAGUCAGUUUGAAGAUAUUUUGUUUAGUGAAUUUGAUUCUGAAUUUGAUCAGAAAAUUAAAGAUAAAACAAUUGCUUUAGAAGAACUUUUGAAAAAAGAAGAAGAAAUAAUUAAAGAAAUUGAGAGAUUAAGAAAAAAAUAUAAUACUGAAAUUGUUAAAAAACAGACUGAUUUAAGAAAUAAAAUUGUUAAUGUUUUAGUUUCUAAGUUGAAAGAUAAUCUUCAAGAUACUGGAAGUGGUGAUCGAAAAAUUUUGGAUAAUAUGAUUAAAAGUAAUAAAGAAUAUGCAAAUCGAAGUUACAGAUCUAAUAUAUCAAAGACAACUAAGCAUUAUGGAUCAGUUAUCAAAACUGGUUAUAAUAGAAAUGGUAAACCUUAUACUCAUUCUAUUUAUUUGACUAAUGAUUUACCUGACAAAACUAUGUUUAAAAAAAUGUUUGGUCAAAUUGUAGAUUGGAAAAAAAGUGAAUUUAAAAGUGGUGGUAAUAAUAAUUCAAUAGAUUAUUUUGAUGAUUCAGAAGGAAUUUAUAAUAAUAAUGAAGCCAUUGAUUUUAGUGAAUAUAAUACAGUAUUAAGCAGUGAUGCAGUUAGUCUGAAAAAAAUUUGUGAAAAGGAAAUAACUGUUUAUGAGAAAAAAUUAAGUAGUGAAACAUUAUCAAUGUUUCAUCGCUUUAUACUUAGAAAUAAUGAAUAUAAAUUAGUUGAAAAAGAGUUAGACAGAGUUGCUAAUAAAGUAGCAUUAGCUACUAUGAAAUCUCUUGCAAGUUUCAGAGAUAAUGUAAGAGCAUUGGAGAUUGAUAAUUUAAAAACUGAUGUUACUUUUGAUCCUGCUGCUGAAUUAGCCAAAUUAGAUGCUGCUGAAACUAAUAAUCAAAAUGAUGGUAAAUACUUUAAUGAGGAAGUUGUAAAAAAUUAUUUGCAAAGUAUAAAAGAUUCUUUGGAAUUAGUAGAAGAGAGAAUUCUGCUUAUAGAACUAAAAGGAGCUUUAGAAGUCAAAACUAAUAUGUUUAAAUUGGCAGGCAGAGUUAAUAAACCAGGAGCUAAAAUCAAAACCUCUGAGUUAAUUAAAUACUGCAAAGAAGUCUUGGCUAAAAAAUCUAAACUAAUAGAAGAUGAUACUUAUGAUCUUUCCAAUCUAAGGGAUAAAGAUCCAGAUAGUAAUCUCAAAAAACAAAUUCUGAAAGAGAUAGAAGAUUAUAAAGAAAAUCAAAAAGGAUUAGUUAGGUUAGAUCUCUCAGUUUAUGAAGAUGGUAAAGAAUUUACUGAAGAAGAAAUCAUUAAAUACUAUGCUAAAAAGUUAGGAGGACAAAAUUAUGCCAAGAAGCAUUAUGAAAAGCCUUUUGAAGAUAAUCAACAAGAAGGUUUCUGA